AUGACCGGUCCUUUUUCUGAAAUUAAUUCCUUCCAAAAUGCUACCUUGAAGGGCUCUCACGGAUUGUUCCAAUUCAUUGAAGGUGCAAAUCUAAACAGGACGAGGAUUCCGAUGACUGCUCCUGUUGUGACUAUCAUAUUCCCACAGGACGGUCUCUUUAAUGGUUGGGGUUACUAUGUUUCACUCUAUUUGCCAGAGAAAUUCUGAGCCCAUCCGCCCAUCCCCCUCCCCGAAUUGAACCUGAAACCUUAUAUGCGGGGCAGUCUUUGCCUUGCUGUGAGGACAUUCUCAGGAUUUGCUAAGGAUGAUAACAUUUUUGAAGAAGCUGAUAAGCUUUCCGUCAGCUUGAGCAGGUCGUCGUGGGGCAACAUAAGUGCUUCAAUAGGUAGAUGGGGCUACGCCAUUGCUCAGUAUGAUCCUCCGUUCCGCUCUAUUGGACGUGUACAUGAAGUUUGGGCUGAUAUUGAUGCGUUUCCUGAGGAUGGUUGUAAAAAUAGCAUAUAGCAACUUCCUGAAGUAUAGUUGAAUCACCAGUUUGACAGUUUAGUAGUUUGAUACUUUGAUUGCUGUAGUAUUUGUUUUGAUAUGAUAAACAAAAUUUGGUUUUCGGUUUGGUUCAGUUUGGGAUACGAAACCGAGUAAUUCAGUUGGUUUGUCGUUUCUCUCUUUCGUUGUAUGCAAAUUCUAUGUAUUCAGUUGAAUCUGAACUAAACGGAUUCUUUUAAAUCAAAACGAAUCGAUUUUAUAAGAA